GCGCUGGGGGACACGGACUACCGCGUGCGGUUUGCUGCCUGCCAAUGCCUGGGCCAGCUGGCCCUCGACCACGCCCCCACAGUGCAGCACGAGUACACUCACGAGCUGCUGGACCCUCUAGUCCGCUGCUUCUCCGACCCGACCCCGCGGGUGCGGAGUCACGCCUGCGCGGCCUUUGUGAACUUCGCGGAGGAGUUGGAAAAGAAAGAAAUGAAAAAAGUGCUUCCUGCAGUUAUGCCCAAAGUGCUGGAGCUAGCUGACACCUCUUCCCCGCUGCUGGUGCGGCAGCACGCAAUAACUUGCAUAGCAGUGGUGGCUGGAGUGCUGGAGAGCGACUUCAAAGUUUACUACUCUUCAGUGCUGCCGGCGCUGCUGCAGCUAAUAAGCCAAACGGGCCCGCAGCCCAGCAGCCACAGAGAGGCGGCGCUGCUCAGCAGCCUCAGGUGCAAGGCCAUCGAGGCCGCCUCCAUCGUGGGCUACAGCGUCGGGAAGAGCGUGUUUGCGCCGGACAGCAGGGUGGUGAUGGAGCAGCUAUUGCAACUGUUCCGUACGACGGAGUCUUCUCUGGUGGCUGCGAACAGCGCAAGCAGCAGCAGCAGCAGCAGCAGCAGCAGCGGGGAGGAGGCGGAAGAAACGGAAACUUUGCGGGAAUACCUCGCAGAGGCCCUCGCUAGACUCUGCAGAGUCUUAGAAGCAGAUUUCAUUCCUUACUUGGGGCAGCUGCUGCCGCAGCUCUUCGCCGUUUUGGCGCUGCAGCCCCGCGAGCUGCAGCCCGACGAGCUGGCCCGCGCCCAGGAGGACCCCGCCUUUGAGGACAUGACUUAUGUGAUGCUGGAUGAGACAAAAAGUGUGGGGCUGCGGACUUCGCUGCUGGAGGAACAAGAGCGGGCUUUGGAGCUGCUGCAGACGGUGCUGUCAGUGCUGGCGCAGCCGUUAGCUGCUGCUGCUGCAGUGCCAGAGACUGCGGAGGAAGUGCGGGGGCUGCUGCUGCAGACCGCACAAACCAUUGGUCCAUUGCUGGGCCACAUGCUUUCGGAAGCGGUCAAGGAAAGGGCCCUGGAAGCAACUGCUUCGCUGUUGGAGGUCCUGGCCCUUUGCCCGCAGCACAGCAGCAUCAGGCGCCAGCUGCUGCUGGAGACUCUGCGAGACGUUUUUGCUUCCCUUGCAGACACAGACACUGACGCAGAAGCAGCACAAACCCAAGUUGCUGCUCUUUCCCGCUGCAUCGACGCAGCAGCAGGCGGCAUCCUCAGCCCUCUAGAGGUGGCUGAGGAGGUGCACAAGGCGAUGGAGCUACUGCGCAAGAGUGGCGAGAGGAGGCAGCAACUGGCAGCUUCGCGACAGGCGGAGGCAGAGACCGAAGACGAAGAGCUAUCAGACGAAGUCGAGGACGAGGAGACUGAGAGGAACUUGUGCUCGUCGUUGGUGGAGUUGGUGGGGUCGCUGAUGCGGAGCCACCCCGCGGAGUUCCUGGGGGGCCCUGCAAUAGAGUCGGCUUUGGGUUUUGCUGAGGGUCUUCUGGGGCCCAACGCAUGCAACGACGACAAGGCUGUGGGGCUGUUUGUUUGCUGCGACAUUCUACAGCACCUCAAGGAGGGGUCCAUUGGGCUCUGGCCGCGGUUUCUGCCGCAAUUGUUGGAGUGCCUUUUGAGUGAAGACCAGCGGGUGGUUCAGGCUGCUGCCUACGGGGUGCAGCAAGCAGCAAAGGUUGAGGGGUUUGCUGCCUUUGCUGCUGCUGCUGCCAGAAAUCUGCUGCUAGUCAUGGACAAGGGCAAGGGCAAGCGCGGAAAAACAUGCACUGCAGCAGUGGACAAUGCCGUCGCCGCCCUUGGGGACCUCGUGGAGUACCAGGCAGCAGCUCUUGGGGAAGACACAGAACGCCUGACAGCAACUUGGUUGAGUUCGCUGCCUCUGAAGCAAGACGCAACAGAGGGCCUCCGCGUGCACAAGCAGCUUCUCGAAGCACUCAAGAGGGACCGCAACGGCUUCUUCAGCGCGGAGCUGUCCCGCGUGGGCCACGCGCUGGGGGUGCUGGCUGGGGUUUAUAAGACGGCGUUUGCCGAUGGGGAGCUGGAUAAAGAAACAGUGGCUCUUUUUGAAAAGGUGAAUGCCUCUGGCGAGCCCGCGCCCCUUGAGCAGCUCGCCAAGGCCUUCACCCCCAAGCAAACCAAGAAACUCAGACGCAUUCUUGAAGAUGCAGCUACCCCGGCGUAG